AUGGCCAUUCCUGAAGAAUUCGAUAUUCUUGUCCUGGGUGGUGGAUCCAGUGGAUCCUGUAUUGCCGGAAGAUUGGCCAACUUGGACCACUCCUUGAAAGUUGGUCUUAUCGAGGCUGGUGAGAACAAUCUUAACAACCCAUGGGUCUACCUUCCAGGUAUUUACCCAAGAAACAUGAAGUUGGACUCCAAAACUGCUUCUUUCUACACCUCCAACCCUUCUCCUCAUUUGAAUGGUAGAAGAGCUAUUGUCCCAUGUGCCAACAUCUUGGGUGGUGGUUCUUCGAUCAACUUCAUGAUGUACACCAGAGGUUCCGCUUCUGAUUACGAUGACUUUGAAGCUGAGGGAUGGAAGACCAAGGAUUUGCUUCCUUUGAUGAAGAAGACUGAGACUUACCAAAGAGCUUGCAACAACCCUGAAAUUCACGGUUUUGAAGGUCCAAUCAAGGUUUCUUUCGGUAACUACACUUACCCAGUUUGUCAAGACUUCUUGAGAGCAACUGAAUCCCAAGGUAUUCCAUACGUUGACGACUUGGAAGACUUGGUGACUGCUCAUGGUGCUGAACACUGGCUGAAAUGGAUCAACAGAGACACUGGUCGUCGUUCCGACUCUGCUCAUGCCUUCGUUCAUUCUACGAUGAGAAACCACGACAAUCUGUACUUGAUCUGCAACACCAAAGUUGACAAGAUUAUUGUUGAAGACGGAAGAGCUGCUGCUGUCAGAACCGUUCCAAGUAAACCUUUGAACGCAAAGAAGCCAACUCACAAGGUUUAUCGUGCUAGAAAGCAAAUCGUUUUGUCUUGUGGUACCAUCUCUUCUCCUCUGGUUCUGCAAAGAUCCGGUUUUGGUGACCCAAUCAAAUUGAGAGCCGCUGGUGUUAAGCCUUUGGUCAACUUGCCAGGUGUUGGAAGAAACUUCCAAGACCACUACUGCUUCUUCUCUCCUUACAGAAUUAAGCCCCAAUACGAGUCUUUCGAUGACUUCGUACGUGGUGACGCUAACAUUCAAAAGAAGGUAUUCGACCAAUGGUACGCUAACGGUACUGGUCCAUUGGCCACCAACGGUAUUGAAGCCGGUGUCAAGAUUAGACCAACUCCAGAAGAAUUAUCUCAGAUGGACGAGUCCUUCCAAGAGGGUUACAGAGAGUACUUCGAAGACAAACCAGACAAGCCAGUUAUGCACUAUUCCAUCAUUGCUGGUUUCUUCGGUGACCACACCAAGAUUCCACCUGGAAAGUACAUGACCAUGUUCCACUUCUUGGAGUACCCAUUCUCCAGAGGUUCUAUCCACAUCACCUCUCCAGACCCAUACGCAACUCCAGACUUUGACCCAGGUUUCAUGAACGAUGAAAGAGACAUGGCUCCUAUGGUCUGGUCUUACAAGAAGUCCAGAGAGACUGCCAGAAAAAUGGACCACUUUGCUGGUGAGGUUACUUCCCACCACCCUCUGUUCCCAUACUCAUCCGAGGCCAGAGCUUACGAGAUGGAUUUGGAGACCUCCAACGCCUACGGUGGACCACUGAACUUGACUGCUGGUCUUGCUCACGGUUCUUGGACUCAGCCUUUGAAGAAGCCUGCUGGAAGAAACGAAGGACAUGUUACUUCCAACCAAGUCGAGCUUCAUCCAGACAUUGAGUACGAUGAGGAGGAUGAUAAGGCCAUUGAGAACUACAUUCGUGAGCACACUGAGACCACAUGGCACUGUCUGGGAACCUGUUCCAUUGGUCCAAGAGAGGGUUCCAAGAUCGUCAAAUGGGGUGGUGUUUUGGAUCACAGAUCUAACGUUUACGGAGUCAAGGGCCUGAAGGUUGGUGACUUGUCCGUCUGUCCAGACAAUGUUGGUUGUAACACCUACACCACCGCUCUUUUGAUCGGUGAAAAGACUGCCACCUUGGUUGGUGAAGACUUAGGAUACACAGGUGAGGCCUUAGACAUGACUGUACCUCAGUUCAAGUUGGGCACUUACGAGAAGACUGGUCUUGCUAGAUUCUAG